AACACGCGAGACUUCGCGAGAGGCCGAGGGAAAGCCUGAGACUAGAUACACAGGGAGGGACAACGGAGGGCCCCUCCCCUUAGCGAGAGGAAGUCUCGCGAGGCUGGGGCGGUUCGGGAGCGCGCGUCGGUCCGCGGAGGUUUCCCCCCGGGCUGGGCCUGGGGCAGAGCCCCGCCGGCUCCGCGGCCGCCCCGUUGGCGGGUGGAAGGAGGACGCGGAAUCUCUUCCGUUGGGUGCACAGGUCCCGGUUGGCGGAGGCGGCUGAGGGCUGCGAGGCACUGCCUGGAGCGCAGUGAGGGGGAGAAGCGCGGACGCCCGCGCCGCCCGCUGCCGAGCGCUCCGGCAGCCGGCCCUCCUCUCCCGCGGUCGGCGCGAGCGGCGCGCUGCGGACCCGAGGUGCGUCUCCCGGAUCCUGCGGACGCGCCUUGCGUGUGUGUUUUCUGCCUGCCUCCCCCACGCGCGAGCUCGCCGCGAGGCGUGGGCGGGGAGAGACCCUCUUCGGGCCUCACGUUGCCCCUGUGCAGCGUUCGCCGCGGCGCCGGUCCGUCCUUCUGCACGCUGCCCUCCGAAAGGUAUUCCUUUUACAAUGAGUUGCACAAUUGAGAAGGCCCUUGCUGAUGCUAAAGCCCUUGUUGAAAGACUGCGAGAUCAUGAUGAUGCAGCGGAGUCUCUAAUUGAGCAAACCACAGCUCUCAGCAAGCGAGUGGAAGCAAUGAAGCAGUAUCAAGAAGAAAUUCAAGAACUUAAUGAAGUUGCAAGACAUCGACCACGGUCUACAUUAGUUAUGGGAAUCCAGCAAGAAAAUAGACAAAUCAGAGAAUUGCAACAAGAAAACAAAGAAUUGCGUACAUCCCUGGAAGAACAUCAGUCUGCCUUGGAACUUAUAAUGAGCAAGUAUCGAGAACAAAUGUUUAGAUUGCUAAUGGCUAGCAAAAAAGAUGAUCCGGGUAUAAUAAUGAAGCUAAAAGAACAGCACUCCAAGAUUGACAUGGUACAUCGUAACAACUCCGAAGGAUUCUUCCUUGCUGCAUCUCGACACAUCCUUGAAGCACCUCAGCAUGGACUCGAGAGGAGGCACUUGGAAGCCAAUCAGAAUGAGUUACAGGCACAUGUUGACCAGAUAACUGAAAUGGCAGCAGUAAUGAGGAAAGCCAUUGAAAUCGACGAGCAGCAGGGUUGCAAGGAACAAGAAAGAAUAUUUCAACUUGAGCAAGAAAACAAAGGCUUGAGAGAGAUCCUUCAAAUAACUCGAGAAUCGUUUCUGAACCUUCGGAAGGAUGAUGUAUCAGAAAGUACAUCUCUGUCUGCAUUAGUGACCAAUAGCGAUCUGAGUCUGAGAAAGAGCUGAAGGGGUUCCAGUUCUGGAGGCUUUGUACGUGGGUCCACACCGCCGUCAGGACUGGCUGAGAAGUGAAUGAAUGAACAGGAAAUUCAGUUUUAGUCAACACUUUUUUUCCCUCUAUAGUAUGUAUAGUGCAAUGGCUAAGAGAUAGCAAAAGAAAUGUGUAUUUAAGGUUGUAAACUUCAUCCCAAAAUAGGGAAAUGUAGAAACUGGGCCACUGUUAACUGGUAACAAACGGAAGAUUUUCACAGUGACUCCUGAAUAUACCAAGCUUUCAGUAGUGCUGUUUGCUCUCUGGAUGAUGCAGACUCAGAUAGUCCCAAUAAAUGUUUGUGAAUUCAUAGAGUUAUUCGAGUUUUAAAAUACAAGUUUUUGCUGUGGUCCACAUACUGAAUUUUAUUCUUCCUGUUUGGUGUCAGAAUUAACAAAUUGUUUAUGCCCCAUGUGACUUACCACUUAAGUAACUGCCUGUCUACUUUCUCAUUAAUUUUUUUGUCCAAGAAAAUUCAGGUUUAAAGGCUCUAGGAAUAUUUCAUAUGUACCACAAACAAGAGGUAAUUAAUUCUAGCUAAUUUACCGUAAUUAAUUCUUAGCUAUCAGUUGUCUGUGACAUGCUUAAAUGUAUGAAACAUCAUUUCAGGAAUGAGAUAGAAGGAAUAAUUACUUUCUAAGAAAGAAGAUCUUACAAUAGACAUAUUUGGUAGGUUUAACUACUUCUUUGAAAGAGUAAGUUUUGGUUUCCAGUCAUUAUGAAAAUGAGAUUUUUUUUUUUCCCCCUCUGGUCUACACCUAUUUAAAGAUAUUGUGUGGUUAAUUUAGCUAACAGUUGAAAUGUUUGACAUAGAAAGCUAAGUGUGGUGACUUUCAAGGUAAAUUCAGAAUUCCUCUGGCUUAUGGAACCACCCCCUUUUUCUUAAGUAAUUACUCUUGAGAUACAAAAAAGUAGAGUCAAAUUUCAGAAAAAAAAUUCUGAAUGUAUUUUUAAACUUCAUCUGGUCCUCAUAAUCUGUAAGAUUUUUCUUCCUUUCAUUUGGAAAGGAAAGUGGAAAUCUAUGGAUUUACAAGUAUUUGUUUUCUUUUGUUUUUUAAAAAACUAUCAAAUAUAUAGUGUAUGAAUUUUUGAAAGCUACCAGACACAGAAAUGUGCUUUAACACCAAUUAAGACCUAAAGUUUUCUUGUUUCGUAGUGAGUACAGAAUAAAAGGAUAAGAGUAUAAAGUAUGAUUAUAUUAUACUCAUUUAUAUUAAAUACUUAACUAAAAUUAGCACAAAUAGAAAAUUCUCCUUUUGAGUAUAUAAUUUGUUAAAGAAAUAUUACUACUUGAGGUAAUUUUUAUGUAUUAUUUCAUAUAUUGGUAAAAUUCAAAACUACUUUUCACUUCAGAGAUUUUCUAUCUUAAGUUUGGGGUGGAUGGGCUGAUUAGAGAAGGGCUGAGAGCCCAAACGUUAGGUUUCUUUUCUCAUUCAGAGGCCUUAAUUGACAUUUUAUAAAUAAAUGACAUUUUUUUAUUUUUAAACUUUUCUAUAAGUUUUUAGGAAAGUAUCCCUUAAUUAAAUGGCAUAUUCAUUCAAAUAGUUUUUAUCCCAAGGAAGAAUUAAAGUAAGCUACACAGUUGAGAUUAAGUCUGAGGCAAUUCAUCAAGGCAGCUCUAUUAUAAAACAUUAUUUGAUAAAUGAUUAUUUUUGUAAGCCAGUAAGUUAAUUUAUUCUUGGUCUUCUUACUUAGAUAAAUGUUAAGGUUUUGGGUAUUGAAAGACAUUCACUUUGUUUUUAGGACAGUUUUCCACCUCCAUUUUUUUGUUCUAUGGAAUUUUACAUUUAUGUCUGAGAGUGUGUAAUGGCAUAGGAGCCUAUUUUAUCAAUAAAGAUGAAUGGUUAAAACUGG